AUGUCUUCAGCAUCCACCACUGUAUUCGAUAAGACGGAAGUGCGCGACGACAUAGCCAGCAAGGUCAACCGCCGAUUCUCCUCCCAGGACAAGCCUCUUAAUCUUGAUGGGAUGCAGAUCAAGAAUAAGAUCGAGAACAUGAAGAAGCUAUGGAAAAAAGCCAACCAAUUGUUUAGCAGAACAGGCAAUGGCGCCCGACCCGACAGGCUGUUAAAGGACAAGGUUCUGGAUAUAUGUCACUUUUUCUACAUCAUGGAGGUUGUCUGGUCUACAUCGUGGUCCAUGAAUCCCUCGGCACCAUGUCACCUCACAUCUAAUUUAGAACGGCAUAUCACACGCGACGCAAGCGAGGAUGAUAGCGACGAGAACAACGGUGACGAAGAUAUCAAUGCAGAUGAAGAAGAUGCAGGCGGAAAUCGACAGGGAGAACGCAAAAUUACAUCUGGAGCACAGGAAGUUGGAUAUUGA